AUGGCACAUCAAGGUGUUUUACAUGAAUAUACCAGAUCGAAAGUAGCGUUUGAGUUCGCUUCAUUAGGCCACGAAAAAGUGGUCGUAUUCAUAGGUGGUUUGACCGAUGGGCUGUUGACAGUUCCGUACAUUCCAGUCUUGGCAGAGCGUUUGGGUCAAAUAGGAUGGUCUUUCGUCCAAAUUCAAUUCACCAGUAGUUUUAAAGGUUUUGGGGUCUCGUCUUUAAAUCAGGAUAUCACGGAUAUUCGGGCAUUGGUCGAAUAUCUUCGCAGCGAGCGUGGGGGUGCUCGCAGCAAAAUAGUUAUAUUUGGUCAUUCAACGGGUUCCCAAGAUGUUAUGCACUACUUGCUGAACUGCGGGGAUACUGUCGAUGCUGGUAUUAUGCAGGCACCCGUGUCGGACAGGGAAGCGUUUGGAAGCUUUAUGGACCCACAAGUGGCAGACCGUUUGAACGCUAGAGCGAAAUCCCUUGUUUUGAAGGGUCAGGGUUUCGAAAUUUUACCCCGCGAAUAUGCCCAGUACAUGAUGGAAACGCCGAUCUCUGCGUACAGGUGGUGCUCCCUUAUGCUACCUGAAGGUGAUGAUGACUACUUUUCUAGUGAUUUAAAGGCAGACAGAUUGAGCAGUACUUUUGGCAAGAUAAAGAAGCCCUUUCUAGUUGCGUAUGGCGAGAAAGACGAGUUCGCUCCCGAGUUCGUAGACAAGUCAAGGUUGAUUGAAUCAUGGAGGGAACAUAGCGAUACCAAAUUCUGGUCGCAGAACUCCGGGAUUGUCAAAGGUGCGAGCCAUCGCGUCGAUCUUGACGCUUCAAGGGAGCAUCUGCUGGAAAUGGUAACUGCGUUUUUGAAAGAGUUUGAGUUGUGA